GCUAUAGCCUCGGUCUGCUUUGCUGAGCCCUGGCUGACUGGCUCAGAGGCGGGUGUGAACGAUCAGGUGUUUGGAGGCAUCACGCUGGGAAACGGAAACUACUCCAUGGGGGGAUGUAGAAGUUAACGGCUAAAACUCCCCGCUGGAUUAUCAGCCCGUGUGCCUAACGACUACACUUAAGACUUUUUCUCAUGGAAGCAGAUGGAUUCGUGAGGAGGCGUCGGAUGACAGCGGAGGGUGCAGGCAGUGAUGCCGGGGUUGCUGGUGCCUCUGCGGGCACAGAAGUUCGAUGGCUGGGGGGCAGGUUCUGGGGAGUUUCCGAAAGUAUCGUGGGGAGCCUGACGCCGCGGAUCGCGAGCGAGACAGAGGUGCAGACUGUUGAUUUUAUCCGCAGUGGACAAUGUGCAGAGACGGAGGACUGUGAACCAGACUAUGAGGGUCUGCCACAGGGAGCUUCCACUAGCACCCACAUGCUGGCUGGAGCCGUGGCUGGAAUCAUGGAGCACUGCCUCAUGUUCCCCAUCGACUGUGUCAAGACACGAAUGCAGAGCCUUCAGCCCGACCCAGCAGCACGCUACAGGAAUGUUAUGGAUGCCCUUCGCCGAAUUAUAGCCACAGAGGGAGCGUGGCGGCCAAUGAGAGGGCUCAGUGUGACAGCAGUUGGGGCGGGGCCUGCCCAUGCCCUCUAUUUCGCCAGCUAUGAGAAACUCAAAAAGACUCUAAGUGAUGUCAUUCACCCAGGGGCUAACAGUCAUUUGGCUAACGGAGCAGCUGGGUGUGUGGCAACACUGCUUCACGACGCGGCCAUGAACCCUGCUGAAGUUGUGAAGCAGCGCAUGCAGAUGUAUAACUCGCCAUACCGUGGCGUCUUGGACUGUAUACGGGCCAUAUGGCAUAAAGAAGGCGCCGCUGCAUUCUACCGCAGCUACACCACCCAGCUCACCAUGAACGUGCCCUUCCAGGCGCUCCACUUCAUGACUUACGAGUACCUGCAGGAGCUGCUCAACCCCCACAGACAGUACAAUCCCUCGUCCCACAUGUUGUCAGGAGCUCUGGCGGGCGCCAUCGCAGCUGCAGCGACAACACCUCUAGACGUUUGCAAGACCCUGCUCAACACCCAGGAGUCUCUAGCCCUCAGCUCCCUGUCUUCAAGCCAAGGCCAAGGAGCCCACAGACGUAUCUCAGGCCUUGCCCACGCCUUCCGGACAGUGUACAGGUUGGGCGGUCUGAGGGGCUUCUUCAAAGGAGUGCAAGCGAGGGUCAUUUACCAAAUGCCGUCCACUGCCAUCAGCUGGUCGGUGUACGAGUUCUUCAAGUAUGGACUCACCAAGCACCAGCAUGACAAGAGGAGAGCACAGCACAUGGAGGCUGAGAUUUAGAUAUCUACAUUUAAUCUCUACUAAUACCCCCCCCCCGCCCUUUCUUUGAGGAAAAACAAGACAUCAAUAUGCACAUGAAAUCUGACUGAAGUUCACCUCGGUUGACCCAUCCCUUUCAGACACGGCAGAUGAAGAAAGAAACCUCUUCUGACAGCUUCAGUAGUCUUAAUUCUGCUACACCUCAAGACUAGAUAUGAUUUAAGUUGUGCUGUUUGUCUCCUAAGUAAAAGCAUUUACACGGCUCUA